AUGAGAACACGCAGCAAAAGGACCAAGACCGUGAAGAACAAGAUCAAUCCACAAGCGUUGGAAGAUGAAAACAACUUUGUCCAAAUCCCUCUUGACGUAGUGAUCGAGAUCGUUGGUAGAUUGCCGUCGAAAUCCGUAGCGAGGUUUCUAGUAGUAUCCAAGUCAUGGGAAACGUUCAUCCGAAGUCGAGCUUUCAUCACAUCUUUUCCGUUUGGGUCUUCGUCGCAGCCUCGUCUCCUAAUCACUUUCAGUGAAUUAGAUACAGAGAAAGACGCCAAAUUUGGACUUCUUCUCCUCGUCUUCUUCUUCAGCAACGUCAUUGUAUAUCACGUUUUACAUGUCCGUUCUCAGCUCCUGAGCACAAAGAGUACCUUCCGCAGUUUGUUAAUGGCUUAA